GGCAAGCUCAGCUCCCCCCGCCCCAGCUCCCCGGCCCGCCUGCCUCCUCUGCCCGUCAGCCUGCCUUUCGUACCCAAACUGCGGAGAGCAGGGAGAUGCUGCCGUGGAAGAGAAACAAAUUCGAGCUGAUCGAGGAGGACCCCAAGCAGGCGGCUAAGGCCAAGGGCUAUGCGGUGAGCCUCCACUACUCCGCGCUCACGUCUCUGGCCAAGGCGUGCCCGGAGAGCGCCCUCACCCGGGUGGGCAGCAUGUUCAAAUCGAAGCGGAAAAAGGUCCAGAUCAGCAGCGAGGACCCCACGUACACCGUGCUGUACCUGGGCAACGCCACCACCAUCCAGUCUCGCGGCGAGGGCUGCACCGACCUGGCGGUGGGCAAGAUCUGGGGCAAGAGCGAGGCGGGCAAGCACGGCACCAAGAUGAAGCUGACCAUCAGCGCGCAGGGCAUCCGCAUGGUGCACGCCGACGACCAGGCGCUCAAGCGGCCGGGCCACCUCUACCUGCUGCACCGCGUCACCUACUGCGUGGCCGACCCGCGCCUGCCCAAGGUCUUCGCCUGGAUCUACCGGCACGAGCUGAAGCACAAGGCCGUCAUGCUGCGCUGUCACGCCGUGCUCGUGUCCAAGGCCGAGAAGGCCAAGGCCAUGGCGCUGCUGCUCUAUCAGACGUCGGCCACGGCCCUGGCCGAGUUCAAGAGACUCAAGCGGCGCGACGACGCGCGCCAUCAGCAGCAACAGCUGGUGGGGGAGCAGAGCAUCCCGCUGGUGCCCCUCCGAAAGCUCCUGCUGCACGGGCCCAGCUGCUACAAGCCGCCCGUCGAGCGCAGCCGCAGCGCGCCCAAGCUGGGCUCCAUCACGGAGGACCUGCUGGGCGAGCAGCAGGAGCAGCAGCUGCAGCAGGAGCAGCAGCAGCAGCAGCGGCGGCCGCGGGAGCGGCUCCUCGCCGACGCCGAGCGGGACCCCGGCCCUCCGCGGGAAGGCGAGGACGAGGCUGACCUGAGCCUGGACUUGGACCUGAGCCUGGACGGGGAGGGCGAGGACGCGGACGCGGACGGGGAGGCGCCGCUGCAGCCUCCGCUCGGGGCCUCGCCCUCGGAAUGCGGAGACCUCCUGGACACCUGGGACCCGCGGCGCCCCGGCGCCCGGCUGCCCGCCGGCUCGGCGGUCGGGGAGCGCGAGCUCUCCCGGCUCAUCAGCGACCUCGGCGAGCUCAGCAUCGGCAACGACGUGCAGAGCCUCCGGGCCGACCUGCGCGUCACCCGGCUGCUGUCGGGAGAGAGCACAGGUAGCGAGAGCUCCAUCGAGAGCGGCUGCCAGGACGCGGGGGGCUCGCCGGGCCUUGCCAACGGCCUGGACGAGGCGGGGCCGGAGCCGGGCCCGGGCUGAGCCUCCGCUCUGGCCGCUGCGGGCGACCUAGGACUGCAGGCGCCUUCCCCGCCGCCGCCGCCGCUUCUCCCCCUACCCCCCUUCCAGCGGCUCCCGAUCCGCUGCUGCUGUUGCUCUCGUUGCUCCCAUUGCCAGCCGCGCACGCCCCGUCGCGUUGCUGGGGCACCGUACGGCGGCGUGGGCGCCUCCCGGCCCCCCUCCCAGCCGAACUCCGGGAGCCCUCGGCGGCAGGGGCAACAACGGACGCCUAAGCCCUGGCCUCCUCUUUCUGGGGAUCAGGCGGUGCUGGCCGGACUGGGCGCAAAGCCCUGCUGGUUGUUUCUCCCUCUGGGCGCCUUCCGGGGUGGGGGACGCGCUGGGAGGCCUGGCUGGGAGCGGGGUUAGCAACCCGCCAAUUUCCUCCGGCUGCUUGUUAGGGAGGGGGAGUGUGUGUGUGUGUGUGUGUGUGUGUGUGUGUGUGUGUGUGUGACAGAGACAGAGACAGAGAGAUCAUAGCUCUCAUUCUGUAAACAACCCUGCCUGUCUGCCUGCCUGCCGAUCACUGUCAUUGCUCAGGCCCUGGCCAGCAGCCUCCUCCAUCUCCUCGUCCUUGUCAUGUCCCAGCAGCGACAACACACACAGACGGUCGGGGCAGAAUCUGGAAGCUGAGGGAGAAGGCCGCCGGCCACGGGAGGGGGAAGAGAGAGCGUGCAAUUGUUCGAGUGGAGGCUUCUGUCAUCUCCGGAUGGCUGAGAAUUUCCUGUUUUUCACCGUAACUGGGGAACCGACAGAGGAGGGGUUAACUUCCUUUCUGCAUACGGUAACGUGAGGGCCAGGAGCUUCGGGUCAUUUUCACGUCUGUUUCCAUCCCCUAAAGCAAACCUGUGUGUGUGUGGGGGGGAGGGCUGUGUGUGUGUGUGUGUGUGUGUCUUUGUGUGUGCGCGUGCCUGUGCCAAGAUCUUGGGUCUCUCCCCCCCCCUUUGGUGCAUGAGCUUGGGUUGUUUACCUCAGACUCAGACCCUUGAAAAUCUGCCAAAUUCCUUAAAUGACUGUCUUGGGGGAGAUGAAAGGGAGAAAAGUUGCGUUUUGUUUACAGUCCCGAAAUCCAAUCUCCAGAAGGGAGUUUUCCUUGACAAAAAGACCAGAGAUCAUCCUCCCCAGAAGGAUCUCAUUCCAUGAGCUCGUGUAAAAUAUUUUUGCACUGUUGUGAAGUAUUUUUGCCAUCUCUUUUGUACAUAGCGGUGUUCUCAGAUCUAGAUGUUUAUAAUCUUUUGCUGUGCAAAAGGAAACUUGAAAAAAGUGGUUCCCUUGUACAUACAGAAAACUCUAUAAAACACUUGGUUAUUUUUUAAGAACAGCGAUGUUCUGAUGUUGUUUGCACACGAGUGGAGGUAAUAAAGAGGCUAACUUAACAGAA